AGGAAAAAGGAGCUAUUAUUACUGUUCUCUCUGUAAAAUCGCCACGUAGCGUCGGUGCCUAAUCUAGUAAGGCGUUGACGAGAACAAGCUGUGCGAGAUCGCGAAAAUGUUUUUUUGAAACGAGGCAAGCAAGAUGUCACGCAUGAUUACCGAAGACGCUUUUUCAUCUUUUUUACUCUCUCUCGCUCUCCUCUGGCUUCGGCUUUAGCUUUUUCCGAAUUUCUGUGGUCUCGAUCUUUCCAUUGCACUUUUGCAUAACAAAAUGGAUUGGAAUAAAUGGAAUAUUUUGAUGUGGUAUUCAUGUAAAUGUAUUUCAUUGAAGAUAUACUAAUCUAUCAACAGUUACUUAAUCAUAUGAAAAUCUAAAUUUCUGCGCAUAUACCAGGUUUCACGGUUGCUCCUCAAAAUGCAUUCUCCGCUUGCAGUUACUUAGCAGAUCGUAAAAAAGCAAACCAUGUAGUUUUUGAAAACAUAUGACAUCUGGCAGCACCGAGUACCAGUAGACGUAUUCUUUACAACAUUCAUAGAUACGUCAAAGACGGUGUUGUCUUACAUGUUGUAUGAGUUUCCUGGAUGCUCUGUCGUCCGUGCUCCAACCCAGAUUUCUUGCUUUUUCUCAUCGAGCCCUCGCCUCAAAAAGACAAAUAUGAUGGUUACAUACUUUGAAAGCCUAGCGGAAGCCCACCGGAAGCGACAGCGCGACUACGUGGUGCGACACCUUUCUGAAAAGCAAGAUGGUGGUCCUGAAGUGGGUGUCAUAGAUCUAUGUGAUCAUGGGCACUCGCCGAUGAGUCCCACUUCUCUGGCGGCGCGAAAGGCGAGCUACUAUGACGAUGCCCUGUCGCGAUCGCGCUCCCCUUCGUCGCCUUCGAGGUCAGGCGUCGUGGUGUAUCGACCUAUUUCUAAUGCUGCCAAAGAAGCGACGACAACUACGCCAUCGUCGGAAGUACAGGCAAAUUCGCACCUUCAUGGACACUCUACGACAUCAAGGUCAAGCCGUUCAACAGCAGGUCCAUCUUCAUUUCAGCAAGGCGAGCACACUUCGAGAAUGACUUACGCUGACUACAUUAGUUCGUCGGCAGAAAGAAUGCGACACCGAACGCGAGGAAGCAGACCAGCAACUACGGCCUCACCUUCAGCAGCAAGUAACUCCGUCGUGCCAAAGAGCAGCGCAGAUGGAGAACCGCCUGAAGCUAUUCAGCGACGGGCAGACUCAGAGCUCGGGAGGUCUUCUAAUUAAGGGUUACCGCGUUACAUCCUCCACUAACAUCCUUGGCCUUCUCUGAAGUAGAAAACAGGGCAAGGGUGCUCAGAUGAGUGUAGUGCUGCAACCUCUAAUUUAAGUCACGCAGACAAGAACUAGAUCAACGUGUGCAGUUGUCGUUGAAGAGAACAGUAAGGAGAGAGCCACAGGUCCAGAUCGUAGAUUUGCAUGCGCCAGCAGGCAACAGCUUUUACAACGAGGACGAAUCACAUUCACAUCCUGGACCUGGAGCAUUGAGAACAAAUUCAAAUACAAAAAGUAAUGCUGUUCAUCGGAAUUCCACCUUCACCAUGAGUUCAACUUCAACUAAAUCAAUUUUCAUGAUGAAUCAGCAGCGGCCGACGCCUUCAACAUCUAGCUCAUCUGUGCCUAAAUCUGCACGAACACGAACUGCUACGAGCUCCCCAAGCAGAGGAACACGGAGUCGAGACCAGAGACGAGAAUUCCACUUUUACCACGCACCAUAUGACAUGGAGGACUGCAUCUACGACGAUCGGACACCGCCUCGAGUGCUGCACUUGGGGGUGAACACUGCUACUCAAAGUCAUCAGAUCGCAGGCGCCCUCGAGGAGAAUCCGUUUGGGGUAGUUGUGACCCGUGCUGCUCGCUCACCGUACGACCACGUCAAACCCGCAGUAGACACAGGCUUGCGGCGGGGCAAGCCGAGCGGACCGAGCGUUCGAAAAAGCAAAUAUGAGCCGCCGAGUAGGAAAGGACGAGCAGAUGAUAAACCACGUGGACGCGAAUCUUCUACGCGACCGCCCUUCACCCGAACUGUAAACACCACUAGAAUGUAUGGUAAGCAUGGAGGUGCUAUAUCAAAUCUGCGGGCCGCAGCAGCACAAAAACCGGAGCGGCGUCAUACUGAUUUUGCUGUCGGAGCGUUAUCGCAGAAUCCAAAAAAUCGGCAAAAUAGAGCAAACGCGCGCAACAAUGCCGUGGCGACGCCUCGAAAUGGGGACUUCGGUAACUCCUCGGGGAAAAAUCAACACGCCCUACUUGUGUACUAUAAUGACGAGAAUAAGCGUAAGCCACAGCGUCUAGUCGCUGUGGAUCUAUUUGCUGAUGAAGAGAAUGAGAAGCAAUUACAAUUUGGGGAUUUUUUCCCGUUGGGAAAUGAAGCAGCUCUAGUUGACGACAUGAUAGAUGAUAUCUAUGAUCCUCAUGCCGGAGGAGGUGCUGGUGCACGAGACGAGGUCUUCUUGCUAGACAACGAAACAAGCAGUUUCCCACAUCAAAUCAUACGGAAAAGUGGUGUGGCCGAUCAAAAUAUGGUUCCGAAGACGGAGUUCUAUCGACCACCGAACUCGAGAGAGCGUCCAUUUGAAAGCAGCAAUCCGAGGACUUCCGAACGCGCCACGACAAGUAACACCAGAAGAUCAGAACGCGAGUGGGAAGAUGUCGUCGGGAGAACCGUUCACGCAGCGUCGGCUCAGCCGGUAGCGGGAGAACCUCAGGCUCAGGCUCAAACCACGUCCACGGCGAGGACAACUGAAACCUACGCGCCUCUGGCUGCCACACUUUUUUCCUCCGAAACGCAAAAACCGAAGCGCGCAUCCUCACCUUCUGUUCCACAAAAUUAUGAGGGGCCGCUUGUCGAUAGGCCCGCGCACUUCGGCGUCGAUCACAUACAACUGUUGGACGCCCAGAAAAGUAAGACCGGAGAGCGUUCAUCAUCUUCAACGGCAAGCCGCUUCGUGCCUGUUACCAGCGCGCUACUGCAAGACGUCAAGAAACGGAAAGCAAGGAGUUCGGAAGGUCGGGAUAACCGCAGAGUAGAUCGUGGAAUGAAGAUGGAGGAUGCUGGCGGCACGAACAAGGUCCUCUCAUUACCAUUCACAGCAUCAGACGAGGUCGAUCACCAGGUAAAAGCAGGAAAAGGAUCGAUAGCAGAAAAUAAUGAUGGUGACUAUCCGCCAUCGCCGCCGGGCUUUGCGCCUUGUGAACCAGACGUCGCCUCAGCUUCAAGCCCUGAACAGCGAUCUCGCAAAGUAGACGCAACCGCAACAGGUAAGCCGCCAAAAAGUGCAGAACGUCCUGAAGAGAGUCAAGUAGCGAUAAUCGAUUUGCAAGAACAAGAGAAAGUUGCUGAAAUAUCACCCAGAGGAAUAGGAGCUCCUCCAGUGCCACAAACACGCCAGCGAAAACGAGGUAAAAGUAGUCCCGCAAGAAAAGUUCGCUCUACUUCUCCACGCCUUCCGCAAUACCGACCGUUAGUUCCGGCCAGAAUGCGCCCCUCAUUUGCGACUACAGCUUCAGGGUCUGCAGCUACUCAAGAGAGACACACUGCAACAACAGCGACGACGAACCAUAAAAUUCAUCCUACUGCAGGUCGACGGGCCAGACUACCGUCUGCGAACCAGAGCCCGAGGCGGCGGAAGACGUCGCCUGGUUCCAGAGUAUCAGCUGCGGUAGCAAAGAUCGGAAAUACGAAGAAAGGUCGCGACGCAGAAGCCAGAAGGAAGUCAACACCGUCUAGAAGUAGAGCAUCUCCUGUCACAGCAUCGUCGGUUCACCUGGAUUUGAUGGACGACGAAGCCGCGGACGCAGAUGGAGAUCACGCCAGCGAGCACGACCAAGCAGCAAAGCUCAAGUAUCAGCAUUCUGCGUCUUCGUUUCCGGAAGGUAAAAAUGUCGCUUCUGACCAUGGCAACACCGAUGAUUCUGUCUCAGUAGAGAUGCGUGGUCGUAGUUCGUCACCGCCGACGUUUCAGGAACGCCGUGCUCCUCAGUCUCUCGUCGCAGAUGUUUUCGACUCACUUGGAUUGACGGUCACGGAUCUAGCUACAAAUGAGGAUGAAACCGAGACGCUCUCGGACGUGCUGAGAACCAUCGACACCCGACGACUCAAGCAAGCACACCAGGUGCAGGAAGAGGCCGAGGCGGAGGAGGUUUCGGAAGGUGAGGUAGUGGCUGACGAGGAUGAUCAAAAAGACGAAGGAGAUUCGUCACCGGCAUCUAGGUUAGUUGAGUCUGUGACAACGAGGAAUCCUGGUCAUGAAAUAGAAUUGAGGGAAUCCGUUGCGGCACAGUUCCGUCUUGCGGCUCUGAUGCGCGAACGUUUGGCGAAAAAGCGCUUUACGCAUAGUCUCUACCACCAACAAAGGAUCCGGAAAGGGUUCGACAAGUGCAACGGCACCGAAAGUUUGCGGCUGAGUCUAAGUCCGCCGAGGCGAGUGCAACCAUCCGUUACCGCUCUUUAUGGACUGCCACCGAAGGCAAGGGAUAUCCUGCGCGGAAGACUUGCGGUAGUACCCGCUGCCAACAAGCGCACACCUGCUGCUCAGACUGAGCAGAAGAGUGCGUCAGCUUCCUCUCCACAGGUGCAAAAAGUGCAAGCGGGGUCGACAGCUGCUGCGCGUGGUAGUUCUACAGAACCAAGAAUACCGAGUAAAGACCCAGGCUCACCUCGCAUGCUGGUGGGAGGAACGCUGGCAGAGGAGAUCAGGGCCCAUGUUGGUCCUAGAGAAAACCCGCGUUUUCGAAAAAUGCACAGCCCAACAUCUGCUCUUGUCGAUCAGUCGAAGAUCGCCCACGGCCGCGGUGAUGGAGAAAUGAUAAUACAGAAAGCUGGGAGUGGUACUUCUGCAUUUUUUCUGUAUUUUUCCACACAUCGCAUUCACAUCUUGAUUUUCUUGCUUACUUUUCAUUGAUUUGUGCAUGUGCAUCAAAUAUGUUGUUGUUGGUUGAGCUGUGCAUCGAAGAUGUUCGAAUGUGGCCAAUCUUUUUUGAGGCUGUACUCGCAGGUAAUCCGGCAUUGCUGGAUAGUCCUGAGUUGCGUGAUAAAUUUUUUGCUUCUCGAAUACCCGGAAGUCCGCGAGCCUUGGUCCUAGCCGAGAAGGAGCAGUCAGAGAAGCGCAAGAAAGACCAGGGAGGUGCGACGAUCAACAAGGCACUGGCGUCUACCGAGAAGCCAAUGGAAAAUGAGGACAGCGUGAGUGUAAAAAAUUGUUCUCAAGGUACUGUCGCGACUGCACUUGCACCGUCGUCUUCGAAGCCGUCUAUUUCGUUUUCCACCUUGUUGACAUCCGCUUUUUCUAUGAUGGAUUUGCACCAAGGUGACUUCUUUACGAAAUUCGAUUACACACGACGACAGACGCAGUCCGUAUUCGUGCGCUUGGGUUAUUUUCCGGAAUCACGCGUCCCCUAUCUGGAAUACUGGAGGACCUAUCUGCCGGCAGACGCAGCGAGUCCACCGGCUUCAUUCGAUUCACCACGAACGGGCGGGAAUGUCGAAGCGCAAGGCAUGAAGAUGAACUCCAACGUUGAUAAACCAUCCAAAAAUAUGAAAGGUGGCAUGUUGAAGCAAAAGGAGCUAGAUCUGCAACUAGUUCCGCAAGGACCAUCGCAGACAACAAUCGCUUCAAGUGAGGCAACUUCAGCAAUGUUUUCUCCAACAACGACAGGAAGAAGUAGCCGGGCAGCUCGCAGUCGAUUCCGGAAAAGUCGCUAUGCCGCUCGCUACGGAUCAGGUCCCUCUGUGUUCACACAAGACCUUUUUGAGAGUGUCGGAAGAAGCGCGUCAUCAUUUUUCCGCACAUGUUUUUCUGGUAGUCGUGCUAAUGCAAGCAUGUCUCGUCGCGUGCGACGCAUCCCGCUCCAGACCGUGACGCACAUAAAUUUGGGGCCAAGCAAAAAAGUUCAGGACAGAUGGGGCUCUCUGCCGGACGUGAACAUGUUUCAUCUGGUACUUCUUCAUCAGCUGAGUCUAAUGUCCGUGGCAUUCCCAAUGUUGAAGAUGAUUAGUAACCUCGACCCUCAUAGGCAAAGAAAUCGAUUCGACCGUGGUAAUUCUCAUCAAUAAUUUGUUAGUUUCUCUUUCUCUGCCAACACGAAGAUUUCCAAUCCACAUCCCCCGAAUGGAUUUAACAGCUCGCCUCGCGACGUGCCUACGACUUCGCUAUUGACGGCGAUGCGCAAACGCUUGCCUAUUGGGUCGGUUUUCUGCGAAGGCUCAUGCUUCCGGGUAACCUGGAGUUGAGCGAGCAAGCCGAUUAUGUCCUCUUUCGAAGAGGAACAUUCAGCGUUACAGAGGAGCUUAACCUGCCGCGACAGUUGGAGUACAUGUCUCAGAAAUACAAGAUUUAGCUAAGCCCGAAGCAUUAUAACGGCCACUGCAUUGACUAGAUAUAACGAUAAAUGAUCGAAGUCUCGAAGCUGAUUUUCGAUUCGAAGACAAGGAGUACAUCAGAUUUGUCAACUGUUGGAACAUUUGCAAUUGCCUCUACCAAGACAAAUCAUGACGGCUUUCAUGAUCACACAUGAUGAAAACGCAAAUCUAAAAUUUUCUACUGUUACUGACACAAAACAAGCUCGAUAUUAACAUCAGAGACUGAUCAAGAGCUAUGCUCUCCAAUGUCUGGCAAAGCAAGUUAGUCAUGUUUUGAAGAAAUAUUCCAAUCCUGCGAGAAAACUGAAAUCAUGCUGAUCACGACCGGAGGCCUUCCAUACCUGCAGUGCAUCGGUAGCACCUGAUCUAAUACGAUGAUGAAACAUGAUGAUUCUCGAUCAAAUCGAAAAAAAGUAAUGC